AUGACUACCGGCCAGGAAAUAAUGAUGAGGGAGACAGUGAUGAACAAUAGAGUGAAAAUAGCUCUGGAGAUAGUGAUCUGGAGGUUGCAUUUAAUGACAGCUAUGAUGAUCGGAAUGGUGAUGGGUGGCAGUGUUAAUAAGGGUAAGGAGCAAGUGGUGGCUGCUGGAUUAAGGGAUGAGGAUGAUGGGUAUGAGAGUGAGGGGUUGUGGGAUGUGCUUGAAAGUGAUGAUGAAGGAGAUCCCUUGUUGAGGAGGUAUCCGUUGUAUAAGAGUUUGAAGAAUAUGAAGGAGUAUAAAUGGGAGGUUGGGACAAUGUAUGUAGAUAGGAAUGCUUUUAAUAAGGAAUGUGUAACGAGCUAUGCUGUGCACAGUGGCAGAGGAGUAUGGUUCUCAAAGUGUGAUAGCCAUAGGUGCAAAGCUGUUUGCAAAGAAGGUUACAAGUGGUUUGCUUACUGCCAUAAGAUGAAGAGAGAGGAUACAUGGCAACUGACCAGCUGUUACAAAAAACACACAUGCUCUAAGGCAACCAAGAUUGGUAUAAUGAGUUCUCAGUGGCUAAGUAAGGCUUUUAUGAAGAAGAUCUGUGAAAACCCGAAAAUUAAGUUGAGAAGUUUGAUAAAGAAGGCUCAUAGCAAGUGGAAUGUGGAUCUCAUAAUGACCAAAGCUGCCAGAGUGAAGCAGCAAGCCCUAUAUGAAAUUAAUGGUACUUAUGGAGAGCAAUAUAGGAGGAUUCAUGACUAUGCUGCAGAGUUACUGAGACCCAUGAUCGACCUUGAUGGAUGCUUCAUCAAGACUCCAUAUGGAGGUCAACUUCUAAUAGCCAUUGGAUGGGACCCCAAUGAUCAGAUUUUGCCAAUUGCCUAUGCUGUUGUUGAAGCAAAGACGAAAGACUUGUGGAGAUGGUUUUUGUUGAAUCUGUGUGAUGAUUUGGGAGUUGAUAAAAUCAGAUAG